UGGACAGAACUGCCUGCCGUCAUAAAAGCAACACGGAAAACGAUUAAAAAAAAGUUAUGGAGCGAAGCCUAAUCGGAUCACGUCUGUUGCAUGCUGCUGCAUAGUUUUCAGAAUAAAAAAAAAAUCCACUGUGCUUCUGGAAAAAACAGGAGAGAGCGCAGAGCGCGCGACGAGGAGCAACGAGCAGAGUUUCUGUGUUUUGAAAGGAUCAGAUAACCGAUAACCGCUCAGUUCGGGGGAGGACCAGGUAUGUUUUCCCGUUUCUAAGGACUGCCUUGCUGAUGUCACCAUGGAGGAGUGCUGGCGAGUAGGACAGGUGCGCAGGGUGAAGUUGCCUCAGUAGGUUCGGAUGAGGAACUAUCAGUGACAGAGGAGUUUUUCAGCAGCUGAUGAACCUCGUAUAAGCCCAUUUUUUCACGUUUUCCUGUAUGUUUUUUUAAAUAACCUAUUUCCGUCAGUAUUGUCAAAUGUGCUGACGUUUCCUGAAGUCCAGAGUGGGAUAUAUGCUAUUUUUUCCCACGCUUUCCUGACAGGCACUGGUGCGCGCAAACUGCUGGACUCACCGGUUCCGUCCUGCUCUGUAACAAAUAUCGGAGUGUAACAGUGCGGGGGAAGCCACUGUUGUUUAUUAACCGCACAUUGCUGUGAACUGGGGUGUGGGAUCGAGACGCCCCAGCAUCAGAAUCAGCACUUUCCGCUUCAAUGCGACACUGACGCAGCUGGUCUCACAUUCCAGUCGCGGACAGGUGAUGCUCGGAUAAGUCAAUGGAAGGAUAUUUGAUUCUUAGGAGCAGCUGAGCGAAAAACAACAAGCAAACAAACAAACAAACCAAAAGACAAGAGUUGUUUUCCUUGAGAUGGAAUACAGCACAAGGCAGCAGCAUCAACUUCUCUAAUCGGCAAUGAUUUUUCCGUGCGUCAUUGCGUCUUAGGGUUUGAAGCGGUUGUUGCUUUGAAGGACAAUCGUUCUUGGACUUCCCUAUAGGUUUACAACAUCUACCAACAAUGUCCAAGACACUGAAAAAGAAGAAGCACUGGUCAAGUAAAGUGCAGGAGUGCACCGUCUCGUGGGGAGGUUCCGGGGAGCUGGUCACUGUAGCUGAGGUGCGAGGUGGCGCUGAGCUGGGAGAGUUCCCCUAUCUUGGACACAUAGUGUCGGAGGCGUUGGUGUGUCACGCCGGGAGGCUUCCAAGCAGUGGGGACGUUCUGCUGGAGGUUAAUGGCACUCCCGUGAGCGGACUCACAAACCGAGACACGCUGGCUGUCAUCCGCCACUUUCGGGAGCCAGUCCGCCUGAAGACUGUGAAACCAGGUAAAGUGUUGAAUACUGAUUUGCGUCACUACCUCAGUCUGCAGUUUCAGAAGGGCUCCCUGGACCAUAAGCUCCAGCAGGUGAUUAGGGACAACCUGUACCUGCGUACCAUUCCCUGUACGACUCGGCAGCCUCGAGAGGGGGAGGUUCCGGGAGUGGACUACAAUUUCAUCAGUGUGGCGGAGUUUCGUGAACUGGAAGAAAGUGGACUGCUGCUGGAGAGUGGCACCUACGAUGGCAACUAUUAUGGGACCCCUAAGCCCCCUGCGGAGCCGAGCCCUGUACAGCCAGACCUGGUGGACCAGGUUCUGUUUGAUGAGGAAUUUGACACGGAGGUCCAAAGAAAACGCACAACCUCGGUCAGUAAGAUGGACAGAAAGGACAGCGCUGCUCCAGAGGAGGAAGAGGAAGAAGAGAGGCCUCCUUUGGUCAACGGACUGACCGAGCACAAGGACAAAGCAGAGUGGAGGAAGACAGUGCCCAGCUACAACCAGUCAGCUGGGGCCAUGGACUUGCGCGUAUGGAACACAGAAGAUGAAAGUCAGGAGCCCUUGCCUAAAAACUGGGAGAUGGCCUACACAGAAACCGGCAUGGUCUAUUUCAUCGAUCAUAACAGCAAGACCACCACCUGGCUGGACCCACGUCUUGCCAAGAAAGCCAAGCCACCUGAGAAGUGCGACGAAGGAGAGUUGCCCUAUGGCUGGGAGAAGAUUGAGGAUCCACAAUUUGGCACAUACUACGUAGACCACAUCAACCAGAAGACCCAGUUUGAAAAUCCAGUAAUGGAAGCUAAGAGAAAGCUAAGUGUGGACACGCCCAUUGCAGCACCUCCACAAGCUGCUACGCCCUCAGGUUCCACAGCAGAGGAGCCUGGCAGGGGAAUGCGGGGGUUUACUCGAGAUCCGACUCAGUUACAGGGCAACAUACUUAAGACAGCACUUAGAAAAAGCCCCCAGGGCUUUGGAUUCACCAUUAUUGGCGGAGACCGACCUGACGAGUUCCUUCAGGUCAAAAACGUUCUGCCAGAUGGGCCUGCAGCACAUGACAAGAAGAUUGCCUCAGGUGACGUAAUUGUGGACAUUAAUGGGACAUGUGUGCUGGGAAAGACUCAUGCUGAUGUCGUGCAGAUGUUUCAAUCUAUCCCAGUCAAUCAGUAUGUGGACAUGGUCCUGUGUCGGGGCUACCCUCUGCCCGAGGACACCAGCAAUAGUGAGGAGGCAUCGAGCAACCUCAGUGCCUCUAAGGACACUUCUCCUUCCCCUUCGACACCACAAGAUCUCCAUUACACUGUCAACGAUGGAGCAACCCUUUCUCGGCAGACUGGGUCAGUGCCACCUAUGACCAACGGAGGACGCCACCACCAUCCUCAUCCCCAUCAACACCACCACCUUCCACAUGCCCUAAAUCAAGAAGGCCCUGACCCCACUCUAUUACAGCCGGAGCUGGUGAGUGUGCCCUUGGUGAAAGGACCGGGAGGUUUUGGCUUUGCCAUUGCGGAUUGCCCCCUGGGACAAAAGGUAAAGAUGAUCCUGGACGCCCAGUGGUGCCGCGGCUUGUUGAAGGGUGAUGUUAUCAAGGAGAUCAACAGACAGAAUGUCCAAACUUUGAGCCACUCGCAGGUGGUCGACAUCCUCAAAGACCUGCCUGUGGGCAGUGAGGUCAACGUGCUGGUGCUUAGAGGAGGUCAGACGUCUCCAGUGAAGUCACUGAAACCAUGCACAACUCCCAUGUCUCACGGAGUAGCCCAGCCUACAUCACACCAGGCACCUCAUUCUGUGCCCCAACAAAUGGUCCAUCCGUUCCCUCAGCCCACGAUGCAGCAGCAGAGGCAGGAGAUGAUCAGCAGCACAGAGACCCUAAGUCAGCCUGAGGCAUCCCCCAAUGCAUCAACUUUCUCCUCCAGCACCCUGCGCUCAGCUUCACCCAAACCAGAUGCAUCUGAGCUCUACCUCAAGUCCAAGGCCAUCUUAGACAGCAAGCCUCCUAAUACAAAGGACCUGGAUGUAUUCAUCAAAAGGAAUCAGGAGUCAGGCUUUGGCUUUAGAGUCCUUGGGGGCGAGGGACCAGAUCAGCCAGUUUAUAUUGGUGCCAUUGUGCCACUCGGUGCCGCUGAGAAGGACGGGCGCUUGCGGGCAGGGGAUGAGCUACUUUGUAUAGAUGGCGUGCCAGUCAAGGGCAAAUCCCACAAACAAGUGCUGGAGCUGAUGACCAAUGCUGCUCGUAAUGGCCAAGUCAUGCUUACAGUCCGCAGGAAACUAGCACACACAGAUGGUGGAGGAGAAGAUGACAGCAACCAGCAGCCCCAGCAGGUUGCAUCUGCUUUGGUCAACAGCUCUCCCAAGAUGCCUCGUACUGAAGCACCAAGCAUCAUCCAGCCUGCUCAGCCCACCCGCCCUGAGCGCUUUGAUGUUACUCUGCAGCGCAAAGACAACGAGGGCUUUGGUUUUGUCAUCCUCACGUCAAAGAACAAGCCCCCACCUGGAGUCAUACCUCACAAAAUUGGUCGUAUUAUUGAAGGCAGCCCUACAGACCGUACAGGUCAAAUGAAGGUGGGAGACCGUAUUUCUGCUGUCAACGGCCGGUCCAUCAUGGAGCUUUCACACAACGAUAUUGUCCAACUCAUCAAGGAUGCUGGAAACAUUGUCACUCUUACUGUUGUGCCUGAAGAUGACAGCGCUCCUCCGUCUGGAACAAAUUCAGCCAAGCAGAGCCCUUCGGCACAACACAGAGCUGUAGGCCAACAGCCUCCCAGCUACCAAGACAGGAAUGGUGACUCCGAGGCUAAGAAUCAUCUUUCACCAAGAGAUGGGACAGGAACUCUCAUUCCAUCGGGCCCUAAGCAGGGCUGCUUUGUGGUGGAGCUGGAACGCAGCCAGAGAGGCUUCGGCUUCAGUCUGAGAGGAGGGAAAGAGUAUAACAUGGGGCUGUUCAUUCUUCGUCUGGCCGAGGAGGGACCCGCUCUUAAAGAUGGCAGGAUACAUGUUGGAGAUCAAAUAGUGGAGAUCAAUGGCGAGGCCACACAGGGCAUUACACACACUCGGGCAAUUGAGCUGAUCCAAGCAGGAGGCAAUAAAGUUCAUCUACUUCUCCGACCUGGCCAGGGCUUGGUCCCGGAUCACAGUUCAAAGGACAAAGUAAUCAUUCCAACCUCAAGCUUUCCCAGAUUCUCUGUAUCUGACGGGCAGUCGUCUCCAGCUUCUCCAUCCUCUGUCUCCCUCUCUACCUCUGAACUUUCCCCAUCCUCACCCAAAAUAUCUGCCCCUGAUGAGUUCCCUGGGGGUGACAGCAUAGAACGUGGGUCCCCUGGUGCUGCGAGGGAGCAUGGUAGGCAGGCUAACAAACCAAGAGGACAGCAGCUCUCUGACCCUAACCACAAGCGCACCACCAGCCCAAGCACCCAGACCAAUAAAACAAGCAGGAGUGACUCCGCAAGUGGUAGCCCCAGAAGAGCCACUGAAGGCCAAAGGGAGCACAUAGAUCGCUCCCAGAGCCCUCGAAAAAAAGACCAAGGCCACAGUGGAUCCCUGGAGGACAUGAGCAAGGACAGAAAAGCCCAGGGACAGAGAGGCUCCAAGUGGGAACGUGACCCUGCCGUGCCUUUGAGCAACCUGGAGGAGACUCACAGCCCCAGGCGCCCAGCUGGCCAAAAGCCCAAUAUUGCCUCUGGAGAAGAGAAGGACCUGAGGUACAAGCAGGCUGAUUCAGCUUACUGGCAGGAAAGAGGAGCUACAGAGAGUGGAGACAAAACCUGGGGAACCACUGAUUACUACAGAAAGGCAAAGAGGGCUGAGCAAGUGGGGUCAGACGCUGAUGGCGGCACACUGAACCGAAAGACCGGAAGAGACAAACGGGACAAGGAACAUCGAGAUGGCAAGUACCAUGGUUCAACUGAAGAAGUGAAUAAAAAAGACCCACGAGGUUCAAACAGUAGCAUCCCAGACCCCAGCUGCAAUGGGAACACUACCAGCAAGAAGGGUCCCAUCACCCCGGGCCCGUGGAAAGUUCCCAGUUCUGCCAAGAUCCAGUCCCGAGUGGACACCACAUAUGCAGAUAUCUGAAACCCUGCCAGGACUCUGCAUAUAUAAAGAAAAAGCUGAGCCUCAAACAUGGAUUCAGAAUUGAAGGAUUGUUUUUUUAGACAUGUCUGACAUAGCAGAUCACUGUGCAACCAGCAACAUAGCUUCUCAUUGCUCCUGAUUUUUUUUUCUCCAACCAGUUUGCCUACAUCAGUUUGCACCAAGCUGCUGAUAUCUGAUCCGACACACAUGUUGUACCUACAUGAGUAUUGUACUGUAUAAUGAUGUGUAAGCAUGUGUGUAACAGAUGGGCUCUGAGUGAGGUAUUUGGAAGUAACAAUGACGUCUAUUUUGUGCCAAUCAGAGACUCCGGUAAUAUAAAGAAGCUGCUCCUAAUUGCACUCACUGUGAGACUGUUUGUGGGUUUUUUGGAUACACUGCUCUCCUCCCCACCACGAUGAAGGAUCCAGAUUUUUUAUUUUUAUUUGUUUGUUUGUUUUGGGUGUUUUUUUUUUUUUUUUUUAUUGUGUGUGUCACGUUUGAAGGUUUAAAGGCAUACACAUGCAAUCACAGCUUUUCUUCCAGGUGAGACUAACUCACUGUUGCUGUCACAAAUGGAUGUUUUAAAAAGUGAGACUUGUGAUUUUCUCUGAAUGCUGUCUUAAAAGCAAAAACUGUCUUGUAAGUCCUUUAUGGUUUGUUUUUUGAGACCGACUAGAGUUGUGAAUCGUCUGUGUGACUGCAUUCAUACAUGCGAAGAUAUGAAUCCCCUUAGCAUAUCAGAGAAUGGAAAGACUACCCUGGAGCUUUAUAUGCAUAAAUCAGCAGACCAGAUACUUGUGGUUAUAGUUCUGUUUGUUAUAUGUGUGUUAAUGAAAAUAAAGCAUAAUGUAAUUUAUUGAAAUUAAAUGUACACAGAACAGUUAGUACACAUAAUUUCACUUUUCACGUGGACUUGAUGAGGAAAGGUAGAAAUGGAACGUGUAGAUAAGCAUCUCCAUCUAAAAGAAUACAUUCAGAGACUGCAGUUUAUGCAUCUAAUUUCAUACAAGCCUGAUUCAUAAAGUUGCUGACUGUUCACAGCUCUGUAUUUUAGGUCCUCUGCCUGCGUGUAUGUAUACAAGCUGACUUGUAGGCCUGUGUAUUUUAAAUAUCACUGUAGCAUCGACUAUACUGAAAAUGAAACGUAUCUCAUUUAACAAAGUGGUUACACAUAUAUUGACACAUAUUAUACAUGAAUUGAAUUAACAGAGGCUGAGUGUAAGAAGUGAGACAUCUGCCUUUUAACUUACUAAAAACAUCAGAAGAUAUGUGUUUUUGUUACCAUAAACUUAGGCACAAAAACGGAUAAUUCCAACACAAAUAUCUAUUUUUGAUCAUUGCUUUUGUUUAGUACAUGACCCCCAUGAUUUAAGUAGUAUAGUAUUGAUAUUAUGCUCCAUUAUAAGCCAGAUGCCCGAAGAAUUUACCAAAUGUCGCCCUUUGGUGAUUGAACAUAUAGUGCAUGAAAUUGGCAAUACCAUUUCUUUAGGAGUCUGGCUUGAAAUUACAAUCUAAGGUUUGUCAACUUUAUUUUUUAAUAAAUUCAGUGUAAUAAAAAAAAGUUAUUGGGAUAAGUUGCCCUGCUCUAAAGUGAAAAUGUAGCAUCGUUCCAAUGUUUCUCCUGUGGAGUAGAGACACCUAGUGGUUCAUACACUGCUGUUCACAAGCAAUUUAUUGCUUGAACCCAACCCAUAAGGAUGUGAAGCAGUAAUACAUGCAUCUGUGGGUCUGUAAGACAACUGCUUAAUUUAUUGUCCACUUUAUUGUGACUAUGAUGCGAUACUGUAUUAAUUACUGUUCAUGCCAUUACCAUGUAUGAUACUGUGGCCUUGUAUUGCUCCAACAUAUAUACAUAUAUAUAAAUAUAUAAAAAAAACUUUUAGUUUUACAUCAUGGUAGUUGUAAAUGUUUAUAAAUUGUACAGCACCUGUAUAAAUAUUUGCCUUCAUGCAGGAAAAAAAAAUCCUCUGUAAAUUGUUUCAUUAUUUUUUUAAGGGAAGGGAACCGAGAGGAAAUGCUAUAAAGUGGUUGAAAAGAAAUAAUAAUCUGGUCAUGGCAUUUUGUUCAUGCACUGAUAAAUAAAGGUUUACUGAUUAA